CAGUCAGCGCAUAACACAAGAAUCACUAGUUUCAAGUGUUCAAUCAUCACAGGAUAGAAAUUCCUUAGAAACCUUUUUGACCAACCAUUAUCAUACGUUCACACAUUGGAAACAGAAUAUCCCUACAAAAAAACAAAACAGACGACUGGGAACCUCGACACAACACUCAUGUUCUUCUCACCUGUUGUUGGAAUCGAGUCUAAUAGCUCAAACAAAGUAAAGUACAGACAACAUAUCAUGAAAAAACAAAACAAAUGAACACUGCACCAACCUUCAAAUCCCAAGCAAAAGGCCCAUCCAGCCCAGAAUUUGUACCCUUUUUAUUCGUUUGAGUUAAUAAAUGCAAUGCUCUGCUUCCAGACCUAAAGUAUUAAAUGCAGCAGCUGGAAAAUCCACCCACCUUCCCUCAAAAAAAUCUCCCCUAAUCCCUUCCCUUUCUCCCUCAAAUGGAUUCUUUUAAUUCCUCCUUUAACCUCAAAUGUCCACCACCUUCGUUCCCUCCUCCUCCUCCUCCGCCACCAUUCUCCACCACUCCAUCCAAUCCUUCCGGCUACCUCACCAACCUGGGCCUUGGCUACUCAAUAGCCAUAGCCCUAGGCUUUCUCGUCCUCCUCUCCACUAUCCUCCUCGCUUCCUACAUCUGCUGCCGCGCUUCUCGUAACCGCACCUCCAACUCUAAUAAUGAUAACAACAACAACAACAAUAACAGUAACCCCAAUUCUGGUACUGAUGGUAUAAUUCUACCUCGUAUUAUUUUCGUUGCUGAAGAUGACGAAGAGCUUGAACGUGACCAAGAAAGUGCAGCUAUUGGUCUUGACCAAGCGGUAAUAAAUUCAUAUCCGAAAUUUCAUUUUAAUAAGGAGGGGAAUACUGAUACUACUUGCUCUAUCUGUUUGUGUGAGUAUAAAGAUAUGGAGAUGUUAAGAAUGAUGCCUGAGUGUAGGCAUUUCUUUCACUUAUGUUGUAUUGAUGCUUGGUUAAAGCUUAAUGGUUCUUGUCCCGUUUGUCGGAAUUCGCCGCUUCCUACUCCGCUUUCCACACCCUUAUCGGAGGUUGUUCCUUUGUCUCAAUACGCGGCGGAUCGAAGGAGGAGAAGGUGAUUUUAUUUGAUUGCUUGUGGAAUUGUGGAGUUGUUGAUGGUGAUUGAUUCUUGGGGUCUUAUUUUGGUGUGAUUUGGAUUUGUAAAUUUUUUUCUUUUCUAAUUAGGCCCAGGUUGUCGGAUGGGAAUUGAUUUUUUUUUUUUUUCAUUUUGGAUGAAUUAUGAUUUUGAUUUGCCAAGGCAGAGAAAUGGAGAAACAGACUAAUAUAGACUGUUAGCUUGUCUUUCUAGUGUAAGAAUUGGGUGUUACUGUUUAAUUACAUUGAGUUGAACAUUUUUCUUUUCCUCUGUAUUUUGACUGUAGAAUUAUGUUCUCUUUUUUCUUUUCCAAAAAAAACAAAAACAUAUGCAUGGCCUUUGCUCUCCUUCUUUAGAGAAAGAGUUUCUUUUA